AUGUUCCUUGUUAGAUUCAUAAUUCAGAAGCCGAAUUAUUGGAAUUAUCAAAAUCAAUUAAAAAUGAGCACAUCUCAAAAGAAGGCAAUGAAUCGUGUCUUUGUAGUUGGUGUCGGUAUGACAAAGUUUGAAAAGCCUGGCAGACGAGAGAAUUUCGAUUAUCCAGAUAUGGCUAAAGAGUCAGUUACAAAAGCGUUGAAAGAUGCGAAUAUAUCUUACAACGAAAUUGAGCAAGCAGUAGUUGGAUACGUUUAUGGUGAUAGUACUUGUGGACAACGUGCACUUUAUCCUAUUGGACUUACUGGAAUACCGAUUUUUAAUGUGAAUAACAAUUGCUCAACAGGUUCAUCAGCGUUGUUGUUGACUGCACGUCAUAUUCAAGGCGGUUUAGUCGACUGUGCUUUAGCUCUUGGUUUCGAGAAAAUGCAGCGUGGCUCAUUAUCAUCACAAUUUUCCGACAGAACAAAUCCGAUGGAUAAACAUAUUGAAGUAAUGUCAGAACGAUAUGAAUUUAACACAGCUCCUCCUGCCUCGCAGUUAUUUGGUAAUGCCGGACGAGACUACAUGCAAAAAUACGAUCAAAUUAAAAAUUCGCCAAUGGUAUACGAACCACUAACAAAAUUACAGUGCUGUCCAACGUCCGAUGGUAGUGCAGCGGCUAUUUUAGUUAGUGAAAAAUUCAUUAGAAACCAUUCACAUCUUCGUCAAAAAGCUGUCGAGAUAUUAGCCAUUGAAAUGUCAACAGAUACGUCUUCAACAUUUGAUUCAAAUGAUUGUAUGCGUUUGGUGGGCUAUGACAUGAGUAAAGCAGCUGCGAAACACGCGUUUUCGAAUGCUGGUUUGAAACCAGAAGAUGUUCAAGUCGUCGAAUUGCAUGACUGUUUUUCAGCAAAUGAACUUAUUACAUAUGAAGCACUUGGUUUGUGCAGUGAAGGGAAAGCUGGUGAGAUGGUAGAAAAAGGCGACAACACGUAUGGGGGAAAAUAUGUUGUCAAUCCAAGUGGAGGUCUAAUAUCAAAGGGACAUCCAUUGGGAGCCACUGGAUUGGCACAAUGUUGUGAACUGUGUUGGCAAUUACGAAAUGAAGCAGAUGAAAGACAGGUGAAAAAUGCAAAAAUUGGUCUUCAACACAAUAUUGGACUUGGGGGUGCAGCUGUUGUGGCCGUGUAUAAACGUGCUUUUGAAAAUGAUAACAAACCUCAUGUUAGCUCAAAGCUCUAA